AUGACUACUCUGAUCUUCAAUAAGCACAAUGAUCAUGUCAGAAGUACGGCACGUGCCUUACGAAAGGUCCCCCGUGGGGAAUUCCCAGGAAGCUCUCAAUUCGCCGACAGCAUGGGGAAAGCGGCGCUUGUCCAUGAGCAAUUGUCAAAGCUAGGCGACCGGUCAUCGUCACCGGACAUCACUGAAAUAUCAAAUUCCUCUGGUUUCUCGCCAUAUUAUCAACGUCGCCGAAUUGGCUGGCCUUGGACUGUUGCGCUGGUCAGUCAGCACAUCGGGCAGAUUUACAAGAAUACAUGCCACGUUCCUGCCCAUGCGAUUGCUGUGGUGAAAAGCGAGGUUGCCCUGAGUAACAGCUCGCGGGGAAUUCCCACCGAGAUGCCAGUCUACGAUGAGCUCCAUGUCAACUUGGUCGAGCCAUCCUGGUUGGAGAUCCUUGCCAACCUCUAUUGGCGAGCUGCUCGACGGGUAGUAAUGUGGGAUGUCUUUCACGACCUCGCAUGUCGGAAGUUGGUCACCCGCAUGGCCUUAUCUGUCCCAAUCGACCUUGUGGAGAGAGGUGUUGGUAAAAGUAGCAUAGUCAGGGGACUGCUAGCAUGCUUUCCUCUGCCUUACGAGCUGCUGGCUCAAGGCUUUAUGGCCGACAUCCCAUGCCAGACCUGUGGCAUGGAUUAUGACAUCGCCUGGUAUGACACACUUGAUUGA